UCGGCAGGCCGGUUUGGUUAAAUGGUGGCGCUGUGAGGGACAUUGGAUGACUUUGUGCUGUAUUUAGCAGGGUAGCUGUUUUAGCUAGUCCAUUAAUUUUCUACUGGUACCCGUUUUUGGAAACAUGGAGGCCCUUAUUCCAGUCAUAAACAAACUCCAAGAUGUUUUCAAUACGGUCGGAGCAGACAUAAUUCAGCUGCCACAAAUAGCUGUGGUUGGGACGCAGAGCAGUGGAAAGAGCUCCGUGUUGGAGAGUCUGGUUGGCAGAGACGUUUUACCCCGUGGCACUGGCAUCGUCACACGCAGACCCCUAAUCUUACAGCUCGUCCAUGUCGACCCAGAGGAUCGAAGGAAGACUGGCGAAGAAAAUGAGUCCAAUGCGUGGAAAAAUGAACGCCUUUACAAAGGUAUUGAUGGCGAAGAAUGGGGGAAAUUUCUACACACCAAAAACAAGAUUUACGCAAACUUUGAUGAAAUCAGGCAAGAAAUUGAAACUGAAACCGAAAGGAUCUCUGGCAAUAACAAGGGUAUCAGUGAUGAGCCUAUCCACCUGAAGGUCUUCUCCCCCCAUGUUGUCAACCUGACACUUGUAGACUUGCCUGGCAUUACAAAGGUUCCUGUGGGAGACCAGCCCAAAGACAUCGAGCUCCAGAUCCGAGAGCUGAUCCUCAAGUACAUCAGCAACCCCAACUGCAUCAUCCUGGCAGUGACCGCCGCCAACACAGACAUGGCCACCUCGGAGGCCCUCAAAGUAGCCAGAGAUGUGGACCCCGAUGGCCGAAGGACAUUGGCCGUGGUGACAAAGCUGGACUUGAUGGAUGCUGGCACGGAUGCCAUGGACGUACUUAUGGGCCGUGUUAUCCCGGUCAAGCUGGGGCUAAUUGGUGUGGUAAACAGGAGCCAACUUGAUAUCAAUAACAAGAAAUCUGUAGCUGAUUCCAUCCGGGAUGAGCACGCCUUCUUGCAGAAGAAAUACCCAUCCCUCGCUAACAGAAAUGGUACCAAGUACCUGGCCAGGACAUUAAAUAGAUUGUUGAUGCAUCACAUCCGUGACUGCCUGCCCGAGCUGAAGACCCGUAUUAACGUGCUGGCGGCCCAGUACCAGUCGUUACUCGGCAGCUAUGGGGAGCCGGUGGAGGACAAGAGUGCCACCCUCCUCCAGCUCAUCACCAAAUUCGCCACAGAGUACUGCAACACCAUCGAAGGCACAGCCAAAUAUAUAGAGACCGCUGAACUGUGUGGGGGUGCCAGGAUUUGCUACAUUUUCCACGAGACCUUUGGCAGAACGCUGGAGUCUGUGGAUCCUUUGGGUGGCCUCACCACCAUCGAUGUGCUGACCGCUAUCAGGAAUGCCACGGGUCCCCGUCCCGCGCUCUUUGUGCCAGAGGUGUCGUUUGAGCUGCUGGUGAAGAGGCAGGUGAAGCGGCUGGAGGAGCCCAGCUUGCGCUGCGUAGAGCUGGUGCACGAGGAGAUGCAGAGGAUCAUCCAGCACUGCAGCAAUUACAGCACACAGGAGUUGCUGAGGUUUCCAAAGCUUCAUGAUGCCAUUGUGGAAGUCGUGACUUCCCUCCUCAGGAAAAGGUUACCAGUCACCAAUGAGAUGGUGCACAACUUGGUAGCAAUUGAGCUGGCUUACAUCAACACGAAGCAUCCCGACUUUGCUGAUGCAUGUGGCCUGAUGAACAACAACAUUGAGGAGCAGAGGCGUAACCGAAUGCGGGAGCUGCCCACAGCCGUGCCGCGGGACAAGUCCCUUAAGGGUCCAGGUGGCCAGUCUCUGUCCCCCACCGAGCAGACUGCCUCAGCUGAGGGCGAGGGUCUGAAGGCAGGCGGGGGGGCCCCGGGAGAUCAGGAUGGAGGCACGGGCAACUGGAGGGGCAUGCUGAAGAAAGGAGAGGACGGCAUGCCGGACGACAGAUCCAGAUCACAGGCCCUGAUGCCUCUCCAAAGUCCACAGAAAGGACAUGCCGUCAACCUCUUAGACGUGCCUGUUCCAGUUGCCAGGAAGCUUUCAGCCCGGGAACAAAGAGACUGUGAGGUUAUUGAAAGACUCAUUAAGUCCUAUUUCCUCAUUGUCCGCAAAAACAUCCAGGACAGUGUGCCAAAGGCUGUGAUGCACUUCCUGGUGAACCAUGUGAAGGACAGCCUCCAGAGUGAGUUGGUGGGUCAGCUGUACAAGUCUGGUCUCCUAGACGACCUCCUGACCGAAUCGGAGGACAUGGCCCAGCGCCGAAAUGAAGCUGCUGACAUGCUGAAGGCCUUGCAGAAAGCCAGCCAGGUGAUCGCUGAGAUCAGAGAAACCCACCUGUGGUGAGGAGCUCCACUCCAGACCUCGCCCUCACUUCCCCCCCGCAUCCAAGCCCCGCACCGGCCAGGCCCCACUCCCCCCCUCGGCGCCCCGGCACGGACAACUUGAAAAUGCACUGGUGUCAAUUUGUGUGUACUGAACAUAGUUUUAUUAUGUAAUAUAUGGACUGUUGGACUACAGGAAGGGCAUCGCAUAUCAUCAUCAUCGUCGUCAUUAUCUUCAUCGGUCACCUGCACCAGGCACGUGUCCCGUGGUAUCUCUCAAUUGUAAGUAUGUUGUAUAAGUAACCAUGAAAGGCUUAUCAUUGCGAACGGCCUACAGUUCACACGAAUGUUGGGUCCCUGAUGUAGCUCAUAUUAAAGGUAGAGUAUGGAAACCUGUGUGCGCUCUUCAGCUUUUGGCUUGUGGUUUUAUUUUAAGGCACUGAUCCUUUAUCAUUCAAACAACACUGUUGUAAAAUAAUAAUUAAAAAGAUAUACGGUAAAACAUUUGCUGUCUUCACCAUGAAUGCCACCGUUCUCCAAAUUGUUCACAUGUUGUUUUUAUCCAUUUUUUUUCCAGUUAGGUGCCAGAGUUUGCUUAAGAACAAAAAGAGUGAAAGUUUACUUUAAAGAUGUUUCAUACAGGGUGUUAUUUAUCAGGAAGCGUGCACCUAAUUUAAGUCUUCCUGGUGCUGUGUUCAUCAGGAAUGUGAUCAAGGUUAUAUUGUUGCAAACAUGCGUUUGUUGUCCCUUUUGUUUUAUUUUUUCAUGUGAUUUCAGCUGUUUUAUUAUGCCUAUGAAGGCAAAAUGUUAAAGCCAUCGUUAUUCAAUAUCUACGUAGAUUGUGUUGUGGUAAAAUGGUAUGCCAUGGUAAAUGGCACACAAAAUAUCAGAAAUGUGGCAAAUCAGUCCUUACACUUUUUCAUGAUAUUGAAUCAUGAUGAUUUUUUCUACCAGUCUUUGGCGAUUGAUAAUUUACCUGAGUUUUCACUGAAAUACACUCACGCACAUACAUAAAUAUAACUGUCAAACCCA